GCGUGCGCGCGGUGCAGCAGGGGCGGGCGCCGGGGUGCGGCCGGGUCGAGGGUCCCGCCGCUGCCCCGGGAGCUGAGGCCGGUGGCGGCGCGGGAGGUUUCUCUGGCAGGACAGAAAACAGUGUGGAAAACUGUGAAGGGCACUGAGAAGUCCAAGUACCUCUAAGGACUUGUCCCUUUGGCUGUGGGGAAACUGCCUGGCAGUUAAGGCAAGACUGUGGGAAUUUGGCUAAUUUGUAUUUACGUGAUUGGAGUGCAGCCAGUUGUCACUGAGCUCUCAACUCCUUGCAUCUCCGUGUCACUAUUGCCUUUCUAGCCUGUGAGCGCUUCACAAUGGCUUCUGAGACACUGAGACUCUGUUUCUGGGUAAAGAAUGCAGACUAUAAAGUGUGUAGUUGUUGGAGAUGGCGCUGUGGGAAAAACUUGUCUUCUCAUCAGCUAUACCACCAAUGCCUUCCCAGAAGAGUACAUCCCUACUGUGUUUGACAACUACAGUGCUCAAAUGACUGUUGAUGGCCGGACUGUUAGCCUGAAUCUCUGGGACACUGCAGGCCAGGAGGAAUAUGACCGCCUGCGCACUCUCUCAUAUCCUCAAACCAAUGUAUUCGUCAUCUGUUUCUCCAUUGGUAGCCCCUCUUCCUAUGCAAAUGUGAGGCACAAAUGGCAUCCUGAAGUUUCUCACCACUGUCCAAAUGUUCCCGUUCUUUUAGUGGGCACGAAGAGAGACUUAAGAAAUGACCUGGAAACAGUCAAAAAGUUGAAAGAGCAAAGCUUGGCUCCAACUACCCCGCAGCAGGGAACUUCACUGGCUAAACAAAUUGGAGCAGUCAAAUAUUUGGAGUGCUCAGCAUUGAAUCAGGAGGGUGUUCGUGAGGUGUUUGCUGAAGCUGUGCGUGCAGUUCUGUAUCCUGUGACAAAGAAGAACACAAGAAAAUGUGUCUUAUUGUAGUUACCUGGAGUGAUGGAGGUUCAAAGUUGAAUACUGACUAGAAUCUUGGAGGGCUCUUUAAUGAGUUAAAUUGAAGAUUCGCAUGUUGCACUAACAGCUCUAAGCAGAAAUGCUUUAUGCAGCGAAUAUUCUUGCAGUCUUAUUGCUUCAGGGAAACUGAAACAGAGUUUUUUUUUUUUGUUUUUUUUUUUUUAUCUACCUGAGAGGUCAAAUAUCUACUUUAUUUCUAAAGUUCCAGUCUCCAGCUUCUCCAGGGAUCACUUGGCUUUUGUCCUUAUUCUGUGAGGAAAAUAAAAGAAGGUACUUCUUUGAAGCCAGACUUCUUUACUAGAUAGACAUCAGUUAACUAGAUUUGUUGAAAAGCACAGAUUAUGAUAGCUUUGCUCUAAGUACAGCUGCUGCUUUUCCCAUCCCUUAUUUUACUCAUCUAUUUUACAAACAGAAGUCUGACUAUGCAGUUCUUUUGCUUUGUCAAUUUAAGUCUUCAAAACAAUUUGUUUACAUGCAAAAAUGCCUGAAAUAUUUCUGAGAUUCACCUUAGAGUGAACUGUGAUCAUUUAUAUGAAGAGUUAGCAUACGGUGUGUUUAAUGUAAUGAGUAAGACUCAAGGAACACCUGCAGUGAUUUUAUUAAUAGAAGUAGGAGCUGAUAAUGUACAGAAUUUAGGAUAAUGAUGAAUCACUGAAAUGAGCAAUUUUCAAACUUUUGGAGAGGUGAAAGAGUAGUUUAGAUGCAAGUCUUUCAUAAUAAUCUAAACUGAGUUUUGAUUUCACUCUCCAAAGAGAUUUUGCACCUUGAGAAUAAAGUUCAGUUACCUUCUCAGACUGCCUGAGGUAGUUGCAAUGACACUUCUCAAAACGAGAUUUUCAGUGUGAUACCUUUCAUGAAUCCCAGAGACUUGAUAGCAGCCCAUUUGCCAUUUGCUCUUGAGGACUUAAUUUCUUUACUUCUUACUGUUCUUGGGCCACCACCUGAGAUUUUUAUGGCAUAUUGCUUUGUCGCUUUUCUGGGAGAACACUGACAGAAAAUUUGGAGGUUCUGUUUACAGGAACCAGGAAUGCUUGUUUCUUCCUGGCAACUCAUUCAUGGUUUCAGUUAAAUUUAUAAUGGUUAGUCAGUCACUGAAUAGAUUUUACUUGGGCAGUUUUUUUCUUUCUAGUAGGUGAUCACUUAAUAUAAACUGUUUUAACUGAAGUUCUAUUUACAUCCUUUUUAACUUUGUUUAGCAUCUCUAGUGAGUGGCAGCUGGCUUUUACUUUCAGGGUGCACUGUUCUUGAUGUGUCAUUCCAGGACCAGCUGAGGAGUGAGUGCAUGAAACCUUCCUUAGACUUAACCUUACAGUUUGGUGGUAUGAAAGCAGCAUGCUUCAAAGCUACUUUGUGUGAAACCAGUGGUGCUGGACUGAGCUUUGUUGUCUGAGGUUGACAGUGCUGUCUUUGUCUGGGUGCAGCCUCAAUGGGUAAUUCAGGACUUGCUUUCUUGUGAUUCCCACACAUGCAAAAGUGCACUGGUGUAUAUCCUGGACAGAAAAAAGCCUCAUUUUAGCAUGAGACCAGAGAGUACAUCAAGAAUGGUUUAGGGAUAUAGUGUUAAUUUGACCUUGCUUUAUCUGAUACAUACAAAAAUACCAGGUGGAUAGAAACAUUCAUAUUUGUGCCCUAAUUCCCUUUCAGGAGGAUGUGCCCUUCUUCAGCUGGUGUAACUGAUGCUCAAUUUUUUGUGUUUCUGAGAUCGCUUGUAUUGGUAUUGCUUUAGUAAACUGCAACUCAUAAUUUAUAAACUGCAGUUAAUCCAAAUACCAGUGUAUGUGUCUAGUGAUCCAAUGCAGAGGUCCAAAUGUUGCCUUAUUGUGAGCAACACCAAAACACCUGUUAUGUAUGUUUGCAGAAGCCUAGGGACUCUGUGUAUUUUUCUUCACCAAGUGCCAUUGCAGUCAUGGAAAUGCUGUUCCAGAUGUGGCUCCCAUUGCAGUGCCCUGCAGGCUUGUGAGGCUGUAGUAUUUUAGUUAGGUAACCUCUACUCACCAUGUUCUGCCUUUACUUUAGUAGUAGGCCUUUACUGUGGGAUUGACUUGGAGGUAGUAAUUAACUGUGCCUUAUAAUUCAAGAUUAUUUUCUGUAGGUAAAUUUCAGUAACUGCAUAAAAAGGCUUUAUCUUGUUUACAAUAUAUUUAUGUAAGCCAGUGCACAUGGGCAUUUUUAAUGCUAGUCAGGCCUAAAUCAGUUCUCUAGUUACCCCAGUGCAAGCCCCUUUGCUUCAUUCAGAGAUGUACUUCAAAGUGUUUGUGACAUAUUUGAACUGCUUUUUAAUAGACUUAAUUUCAACAACAGGCA